GAAUUUGUGUUUCCUUGUCUGUCAUCUGCGAAGCGAAAGGAGGACGGAUAGAUCGUCCAAACUGAACAAAAUAACAGCACAAUUCCUACCGAGGAAACACCCAAUUAUCUUAAGUUGUACGUGAUAUCCAUGCCUGAUAUCACGAAGGCACCUUAAAGCUGAUUUAAGUGGCCGUAUUGUGCCUCUGUUUGUUUAGCUAGCUGUUAUCACGACGCUGUGUGACUGCGGACCCAACACUCCGCCUUUGUGGCUAUGAGUACGGACUUACUAUCUGAUUUGGACACUCGUUUCUUCGCUGAUAACCUCCUGACAAGCGAAGACUGGGAUGCCUGCCUCUAUCAGUGUGAGAGCAUGGAGGAGGGAGAGGACGGAGAGCUCGGCCCCGGGCUGAAAUACGAACCAUCGUUUGACAACAACCUCGUUCUCACCCUUGAUCCUGACAACCCCACGUCGCCAUGGCAACACCUGGACGACAACCUCCUCACAGUUGAAACUCCUGUGAUCAAAAGUGAAAUGACCAUCGCUCAGCCGUUACCGGUGGAGAUGUUGUUCCAGGUGAAGUCAGAGCCUCUCUCUCCUGCGUCGUCUCUUGGGUCUGACUACUCGGCAUCGUCACCAGACCCGCAGAUCACAGUGAAGGGUGAAAACCCUCCGACUCCUCCCUACAUGUACGGAGAUGUGCUCUCUCCUCCUCUCGGGUCCAUGGAGAUCACCGUGGCAACAUCAGCUGUACCCCCCAAGCAGACGCAGCUACAGACGCCCUUAAUAACACAGAUCCCGGCGGUGAUCAGCGGGAUUCAGACGCAGGCAGCAGUUGUUCCUGGUUCCACCAUGAAGGCCAACACCAUCCUGAGUACCAAACCCCCCAUCCAGCCCCGACCAGUGUGUGUCACCACGCUCCCCGUGCCCCCGACCCCCACACCCGCCAAGACCCUCAUACUGCAGGGCCUCCCCUCCAUUGACCAGAGCAGACCUGUCGUCCUGUCUCAGUCCGUCUGCCUCGGCUCGGCUCCAGCCAUCGUCAAAAUGGAGCCCGUCUCUCCCAGCAUCCCCCAGCACUGCUCCAGCCCCACGGCUCCGCCCACCAGCAAACCCAUUGUCCCGGCGACCACAACUUUACCCGGCAACAACUGCAACGACAUCGAUAUGAAGGUGCUGAAGCGGCAGCAGCGGAUGAUAAAGAACCGGGAGUCGGCCUGCCAGUCGAGGAAGAAGAAGAAGGAGUACUUGCAGAACCUGGAGGGCCAGCUGAGGGAGGCUCAGCAGGAGAACGAGCGUCUCCGCAGAGAGAACCAGGCGCUGAGGGAGAGGCUGGCCGGCAAGGAGGGCAGCGAGUCAGCGAGCAACAAGAGAGCCGUGUGUGUCAUGGCCGUCCUGCUCUUCAUGACCUUCAGCUUCGGACCCGUCAGCAUCACGGACAGAAAGCUGACGGGCCUGCAGGACGAUGUGGUGUCGUAUACGGGACGACGACUGCUCAAGAUCGGACAACGACAACAACGACAGCAACAGCAGCAGGAAGCAGCUGCCCCACCUCUGAGCAGAGCGGAGGACAGAACAGAGACUGAGGAGGAUGGAGGAGACGAAGCUACAGAGACAUAUCAGUUCAGGAACCUGAGUGAUGUGUUCAGUGACAUGAAGGAUCUGGUUCUGCAGGACAUCGAUCGUUACUUCAGCUCGUCUGAUUGCAGGCAGUUCAACCGCUCCGAGUCUCUGCGGCUGGCUGACGAGCUGAGAGGUUGGGUUCACCGACAUCAGAUCGACAGGAAGAAGUCUGGAGGGAAACCCAAAACCGCAAAGAAGGCCAGAAUCGCUCAGAAAGCUCAGCUGAGGAAGACAAACUUCUCCAGAUAUCUGCCAAUCCAGACUCAUCGCUCCAUAGAAAGUCAGCUGCAGGUGCUUCCUGGUCCUGAGGUCACCUACAGCGACUUCCUGGACGCCAUCGACCGCCGCGAGGACACGUUCUACGUCGUCUCGUUCAGACGGGAUCACCUGCUGCUGCCCGCCAUCAGUCACAACAAAACCAGCAGACCCAAAAUGUCUCUGGUGAUGCCGGCCAUGUCUGUGAACGAGAGUCUGUAUAACUCCUCUAAGGGUUACGAGAUGAUGAUGCAGGUCGACUGUGAGGUCAUGGACACCCGCAUCGUCCCCAUCAAGGCGUCCGCCGUGCCCCCGUCUCUCCGCGACCCGCCCGCCCCUCCCCCUUCCCACCACCACAACCACCAUCACCACGGCAACCACACCUCGCUGCGAGGGCGGCACCAGCAUCACCACACCCCCUCCUCCUCUGCUUCUUCAUCGCCCUCUCAGAGGCAGCCUCUACCCACCCGACGACGGACAGCCGAGUACUUUAUCAGCCAAUCAGAAGGCGUCUGAUGAUGUCAUGACUGCAGAAGAACAUACAGAGUUUAAUUUGAUGUUUUAACACUUUAAAGUGUUUGAAUCUUCGUCUUCACUUCAACAGGUAACACACACACAAAGCUUCUUUCUUGAAAAGAUUCCUGGAAAGCAAUAAUUUAAAAACCUCGCCUGAAAAAGAAUUAAAGUCAGAGCGGAGUUAGUGAACUCCUCGUCCUGAUUCAGAUAUUUUGAGGUUUAAACUCAGUCCUUAGAAGAAAAUGUCCUAAUAUAUAAGAAUAUAUUUGUAGAAGAGGAGGUCGAUGCAGACACAGCGGCACACUGCACUUAGAACCUGUGCUGCGUUUUAAUAUUGUUUUUUUUAAUAAUGUUCAGUUUGAGUGGAGACGAGGAGCUCUCAGGGACGUCUGUGAGGGAGCUGAAACUCUCCGUCUGUUUCUGUCUCAGCUCCUGAAUAAACCGUCGCUCCUCAUCUCGCCAUGUUGGAGCUGACCUGCAGGUGGCGCUACAGCGCUGCACAGGAACCUUUUGAUAUCAAUGCUUUUUAACACCUCGUGUGUGAAAUAAGCAAUAAACCGCUUCAUUGUUAUCAGACGCCCAAAUCUCUCAACGUUUCUGUGCAGCUGCUGCAGAACAAACGGUUGACGUCGGUCUCCUGAAGCUCCUCGUAUCUCCGUGGACUCUGUUUUUGUAUAUUUGUGUUUUUGUGUUGAUCAGACUGUAAAGAGUUAAAAAGAUAAUAACAGGACGUCUGAAUAUUUGUUCUCAGCGCUGACGGCUGCAGCAUGAAGUCGGAUCUGAAGGUUAGCUGCUGGAGGUGUACAAAGGGUUAAAGAAACGAUCCUCCUAUAAAUAUUAAAAUCAUAUCAUCAUAUCGCCACUUAAAGAGAGCCUGCAUGAGUCUGUGAGAGCUCAUAGUCACGUCUGAAACGUCCAGUUUGAUCUUCAUAAGAUGGAAGAUAAGAAACAAAGUGAUCAGAUAAUUCAUGAAGAGGAGAAACAGGACGGUGUUACUCUGAUCGUUAAAGCUCUCUUCUUCAAAUCAUAACCGACUGAAUCUAAACACAAACUUAAAACUUUGUAUUCCUCAUUUCCUCUGACGUUUAUCUUGAAUCAAAGUCGAUCAACGUGUUUAGAGAUCAAAGAAAAUAUGCGUCGUAUAACUUCACAGAUGACCUAAGGUUUUUCACACUUUAACCAAUGUGUCUCAACAGCACGUGACGCGAGCAACGCCCUGUUUCUACUUUCCUCUCUGUUGCUCUCGUAGACUGUUAAGAACGAGGAAGGAGGGCGGUCUACGAGGUACUGACACAGAGGAGAUAGUGGAGCAUUAAUAAUAUCCACAUCAUGAUUGAAAUGUUGACCUUUGACCUGUGUCUAAGAAAAACUUUAAACUUUACUCCGCUCACAGCUUUGAGUCAACAGCUCAUCAAUCCAAAACUAGUUUGUCCACCUUCAAAAUAAAGGCACCACACUUCAGUUUGUCCACCUUCAAAAUAAAAGCACCACACUUCAGUUUGUCCACCUUCAAAAUAAAAGCACCACACUUCAGUUUGUCCACCUUCAAAAUAAAAGCACCACACUUCAGUUUGUCCACCUUCAAAAUAAAAGCGUAGGAUGUCAAACUGUUAGCAUGGGAAACUGAAAUUCACAGAGCAGAGAAGUAAAUCUUUAACAGAUGUAGUGUGACCAGCGAGUGUGCGACAAUGCGUGAUGCAAGGCGACAUCUAACGCUGGCGUGCUGUGAGGACACGGUGUAAAGUUUUCAACAGAAUCUAAACACCAGAGAAGUUUGUGGGUAAAUGUAAAGCUUCACUGUAAACUGAACGGGCUAACUGCUGAUUCAGGACACUUCAAAUCGCACCAGGUGACAAAAAGUUAGAUGAUCCGACUUCCUGCAGCGUCCGUCACAUUUCUUACUCAUGUUGAUGUUUUUGUAGAGAAUCAUGUGGAUUAUUUAAUAUCUGUAAAUAUCAGUUUCUGUAGAUAUUCUGUGUUUGUCACUUUUUAUACUUUUUUUAUUUUUUGUCUUUUGACAACAAAAACUAAUAGAAAAAAAAAAACCUGUCCUGCUGUUGAUGUUUUCUGUUUUUAUUUGUGGGGACCAAUCAGUUAUGAUCAAUAUUUAUGGAAUCAUCUUAUUGUACAGUUUGUCAUGUUACCACGUUUAACGCUCAGAUCGAUUAUUACUGUCUGAUCACGACGUGGAGCCCGUGUGACCUGACAGACUUCGACCACUCGACCUUUUUUAUUCUCUUAAACGGAUUGUCUCAAACUCUCAAUGAUUUCAGCUUUGUCUUUUUUUACCGAGGAAUGUGUCCGACCUUUGAUUCGUACAGAAACUCGUCUUCUUUAUUGUCGCUGUGUUUUUGUCUCUCGUGUCGAAUCUUUGCAUUCAGUAAAUCUUCAAAUUUGUAACGUCUAAAGGAGGGGUCGAGCGAUGAUGGUUUUUCAGGGCCGGUUUGUAUUCGCAGUAAACAUUUAAAUCUUCUUCUUGGAUAGCCUGGCGGUUGUAUUGCACGCCCCAUGUACGGAGCCUUCGGUCCUCGUCGCGGUCGUGGGUUUGAAUCUGACCUCGGCCCUUUGCUGCAUGUCGCCCCUCCCCCCACUCUCUCCUCCCAACCUUUCCCGUCUCUCUUCAGCUGUCCAAUAUGUUCAUCUUUCCGUCCAACACAAGACUUGUUUAAAACGCUCCUCCUACAGGCCGCUCUCGUCUCUGUGCACGCCAGCGGCACACAGGCUUCGGUGUUGAUUGGCUGUUACUUAUGUGACUCAGGGUCUCUCCCUCGGCAUCAUGGGAAAUUAAGGAUUUAUGUCUUGUAACCUAAACCCCUCGACUUUAUGGAAACACAAAGUUUAUCGUCGGAAGUUGAUCAAUUCAAAACAUCAAAACAUCAAAACAUCAAACUUUCAAAGACAAAGAUGGACAAUCAAAGAACUGACUCUGAAAUCUUUGAUGUAGGAAGAGAAGAAUCUUUUUUAAAACAAAAAAAAGCUUGUUAGUUUUGAUGAUUAUCUAAGCGUGUGAAGAAGUCAUCGUGCAUAACGUCUCAGUUACCACUCUGUUCUCUGUUUUUACUCAGAUUAGAAAACUGUCAGAGAGUUUUCAGCUUCUCGUCAGGAAGCCGUUUUCCUCUCAGACUUUAUGCUAAGCUAACGACUGCUGGCUUUAACUUUUUAUUCUCUGAACAGACAUGAGAGUGGAGAAGAUCCGAAACACUGAACCUCCUCCAGAAACAAAUCUCCAUGUCCUGUCGAAAGACAAAAAUCUGCCUUUGUCUUUAUGUGUGCUUCAAAAGUCUCUCUCUCUCGCUCUCCGUCGUAACUCUCUCUCUCUCUCUCGUGCUCUGUUGUCUCUCCGUCGUAACUCUCUCUCUCUCUCUCUCGCUCUUGCUCUGUUGUCGCUCUGUUGUCCGUCGUCUGCAGGAAACACCUUGUGGUAAACUUCAGGCUGUUUGUUGUUUUUAUACUGUCUGAUGAAUUUGUUACUUUUUUGUUUAAAGAAAUGCAAAGAAGAAAAAAAAAAAAAGACGAGGUGAAAUGACGGUGUCGGGAUAACAGUUCUUAUGCAACACGGUCGUUUGUUCCUGAUUGUUUGUUCUGGAAGUUUUGGGCGAUGGGGACAAUUUUUCUUGUGCGGUCGGUGGUUCUUAAGAUGACUAAAUAUGAAUAUCCAAUUCAGAUUGAGUUCUUCUUUUCUAACGUGUGUGAGCAUGCAGUCUGAGGUGACUGAAGGUACUGAUGUAAAAAUCACACUUUACCUUUGUCCUUUUUUUUGUUAUUUAAAUGGGGAAUCAAAUGAUUUAUGUGUAAAUACAUCUUUGUAAUUCCAUCCCCUCUGAGGGCACUUUCCAAAUGCUGCCUUCAAUGUUUGUAGGAAAAAGAAGCGAUGAAUUUGAUAAAGAUGAAAUAAACAAAUGCUCGGUG